AUGAGGACGUCCCGGCGAUCCCUCAUCAGCAAUAAGCUCUACGCCGAAGCUGCGGACUCCAUGGUGGAAAAAGCAAAAUCCGAUUAUAUCCCUGCACAUGACUACUCUUUCGUAUCUGCAGCGUACCCUACUUGUUGGGAAGUCCCAGAUUUAGCUGCACAGGUCGCAUCUUUCCUUGACCAGCCAAAACCAGGGUGUCCGCCCAAGGAAACUCUUUGGGUCUUCUCGUUUGGGUUCUGGGAUAUCUGGUCCUUGUCAGCUUAUCCGUAUGAUAUUGCGGACGGCUUGAUUUCGUCACUUGUUGCCGAAAUAUUUUAUCACAUAGACACCAUAUAUGCUGCAUCCUUGGACAACAAUUCCGUGGCCUACUCGAGUUUUACAGCCGCUUCUGCGCCGAAAAAGCGCGUGGUUGCCAAUGGCCAGGAUUUACCGUGGGAUGAUGCAUCCGCUGAGCCAUUUCGCGUCGUCCUCCCAUUGCUGCUGGAUCCGUCACUCGUCCCCGGUUGGCAUCUUGAUCGUCCGGAGGCUCCACAGUUCCAUACCAAGUCGGAGCAGGUGCGCAAUGCCGUUCGGCUGACAAAGCGGUGGAACGAGGUCAUCCUUUUUGAGAAGGAGGGGUGGGCCAAGAAGAAUGCUGAGCUCGUCAAUGAAACUGGCGCCCCAGGCGCUGUACAAGACGAUCCCGCAGCCACUGCCCCGAAUGUCGAUGCUGGCGUGGGCAAGAAUACGGGGACCCACAGGGCAAGUCCGACCGUGAAUAUCUCACAGAAGAAGAAGCGCGCUACGGUUUCCGUUCAAGGCGAACUCAUGACUACCGUGAAGAAGAAGUUUAGCGAUGCCAAUACCGGAGAUGAUCCGUCGAGGCUGAGGAGAAGGUUGUGGCGCGACGCCAUUAUCUUACGGCCCUCGGAAUACAUCAUGGAUGCCGUUAUUGAUGGCCAAAUGCACGAUAUCGGUGUCAAGGACAAGAAUGGGUUUGGGGCAUUUCUUGAAGAGGACAGCUUCCAGGAAGUCAAGCAACCGUGCAUUCUGUCAUCCGAGGAGGGCUUGUUGGUGAACACCACCGAUAAUAGCGGGCACAACGUAUCUCAGUCAUCGAAUGUGGCGGCGGGUGAUGUCUGCGACUCGCCCGAUGAUUAUCUCUUCCUCACAUCAUUCAGCCUUGGCCGUCGCGCGAUCAGAGAGGUUGGUCGAAUAUCCGCUGCCAUCGUGCGCAUGGAUAUGGACACCAGAGGUAAGCUGGAGAAGGCCUUAAAGCCGUCGUUGGAGCCCGACCGAAAACCCACAUCGUGGAAGUUGUAUUUUGAUAUGGUUUAA